AUGGAUACACCGCGUAGAACUCGUAGCACGCGUCGCAGUACGCGAAACACUGUUCUUGGGAAGCGUUCUCUGCCACGAGACGAGAGCCCCAGCUCAGCUGUGUGUGACGCAGCACCGCUGACACCUCAGCCGACGCCCGACGCGAAACGCGCGAAGACGUCGCCGACGGUGGUAAUCAGCGAUGGUCACAACAACAAGGAAAAUAUACCACCGCUACGAGGUUUGCAGGCUACGCCAGCCUCGCCUUCUCUCUCCCGGACGCGAUCGCUCCGGCGUACCGUGAGCACGACAGUAGUCACACCUUCGCGUCGUCCUGCUGUACGAAGGUUUUCGACGUUUGGCACGUCAGAGUUCGCGGCCUUGUCCAUCGCUACACCUCCACCAACCCCAUCUACUUCGACACAUACCCUCGAGUCACGUGCGCGUGCCCUUCUGCGAGUCGGUACCCAUAAUGCUGGCAUCGUUGGGCGUGAGGCUGAACAGGCUGUCGUGUUUCACUUUGCCGACUCCUUCCUUGAGGGUGAUGUUGCGACUGAAACCGAUCCCGUGUCAACAUUGUACAUAUCCGGCACCCCAGGGACGGGCAAAACCGCGCUGGUCGAUGCAGUACUUCAUGACAUCGCAAAGACGCGAGUAUUGCACCUCCUUAAGAUCAAUUGCAUGGCUUUGAAGACCAUCGAUGAUCUGUGGAGUCGCUUGGCCGAAGAACUUCGCUCUGUAGUUGGGGUCAGGGGGCGUAAACCCAAAGCCUGCCAGGAUGCUGUAGCAUCCGCUCUUUCCUCUUCGCAAUGUAAAUGUAUUGUUGUACUCGACGAGCUCGACCAUAUUAGCAGCCCCCAGGCGCUUGCUAGCCUUUUCUCCCUCGCAAACACACAAAACGACAAGCUUCGGCUCAUCGGUAUAGCAAACACCCAUACCUUGACGUCUGCCUCUUCGAACGCGCGGGAAUACUCUGGGCUGGGUGUACAAACUUUGCAUUUCGCCCCGUACUCCUCGGACGAUCUCCUGUCAAUUCUCAAACGCCGCUUGUCCCCGAUACUGGAGGCUCCCGACUCCGAGCAGCAGGCCAAAAAGUUCUUACCUCCCUCGACCUUGAUGUUACUGAGCAAAAAGGUGGCUGCGCAAACGGGUGACGUUCGCGCAGUCUUCGAGGUUCUCCGUGGUGCCAUCGAUCUUGCGGCGGCUUCGUAUCCUCCCCACUCUUCCUCUCCCAAGACCGCGGACGUGUCACCAAAUAAGGCGCCCACGGUAACCCCGUCACAUGUCCUCGACGCGCUGAAGGCAUAUGCACCUGCAUCAAACCUACGAAACGGUCCGACACCGUCCACGGCUAGCGAAUUAGUGACGAAAGUCCGUAAUCUCGGCUUGCAAGCGCGGUUGGCCCUUCUUUCAUUCGCGCUUGCCAUCAAACGCCUCGAGGCUGGCCUCUCAAUAUCAGAUGUUCCCAGUUCUCCGAAGAAACCGAGAAGCCCGACCAAGCGAUCCUCUCCCUCCUUUACUUUUUCUUGCCCAUCGCCGGUUAGCCGCGACUGCGUCGAGAGCUCAUCCCUCUAUGGUUAUUAUGCCACUCUCAUCAGUUCCACUGGCAACGACGUCUUUUCCCCAGUGUCGCGAACCGAAUUUGUUGAUCUGCUCGGCGUCCUCGAGACCAAUGGUCUUGUGUCGCUCAACGGUUCCUCGGCCUCAUCCACGCGGGCAAAUUUCAUGAAGGCUACGUUCAAGCGCUCCACCAGCUUCACCGGCGCGAACACCAAGACUAGUAGGGAGACUGCUAGGUGGACUGAAGGGACCAGGCUAGAAGAGGUCCUUCGUGGUCUCGGCGUCGAUGUCGCCAACACAGAUGGAAGUAGAGGAGAUUCCGGUGACGUGAUGGAUGAAGAAUUACUGGCGAUCUAUGCUAGGGAGUGCUCGAAGAUGCGCAGAAGCACGAAGGCCAAUAAUGCCUUUUCGAACAGCGACGUGUUCGACGACGCCAUGGAGGACUGAAAGGGUACUCGGGCCCUAUUUAUGCAUCCCAGCUUUCACCGAAG